AUGGACGACCUGCGGGUGCUGUGGAUGCGCGACCGCGUGUACACGGCCUUCGGCCUCACAGACCCCCGCCUCUUCGAGGAGCUGCUGAACCGCGACGGUGGCGAGGUCGAGGACCUCAUCCUGCACUUCCUCAACCAGACCAAGGACGAGGAGGGCGCCUUGACGCUGUUCUUCUACCGCAAGGUGGUGCCCGAGGAGGUGGAGGUGGAGAUCGACGGCGAGACGCCCGAGGCGGAGGAGGAAGGCGAGGAGGAAGAGGCGGAGGCUCAGCCAGCGGAGUCGGAGGCCAAGAAUUUGCAACUGAGAAACGAUUCCGCAGAUCAGCUUGUAUUAGGCAUCGGGGAUGAAGAAGUCGACAAAGAGAGUUUAGAAGACCUGCCCGUCAAGAGAACCGUUAAGCACAUCGUGGAAAAGACAUAUCUCCAUGUGCUUUGUACUCCCGUUCCUGAGGAGUUCCUGGACCAGAAUGUGGUGUAUUUUCUCCGAAAUACAAAAGAGAUGAUCUCUGAAGCUACCAACAUGAAGGAAGCCAUGGAGAUCAUGCCCGAGACCGUGGAGCAUGGAAUUAUCAACGCUAACGUGCUUCAUCUUCUGAAGAAUAUCCUAUGUCAGGUUUUCAUGCCAGCUCUGUCCUUCAGUCAGCACAAGGAUGCGGCCACGGGAUUUGCGUCCGAGAAAAUCUCGGACUCUUCCGAGUAUGAGGCGGGGCUCCCUAGUGUGCCCGGGGAGACGUAUCACAGCAUGCAGUUAAUACGGGAUGAAUUUUUAAUGAACAUCCAGAAAUUUGCAAAUAAUAUUCAAAGGACAAUGCAGCAACUGGAAGGGGAGAUUAAGUUGGAAAUGCCAAGCAUCAGUGUGGACAGAGAGGUGUCUGACCUGGCAGCUGACCCGGAAGCCGUUGAAACCUUAGAGCAGUGUGUGAUAAACUGGCUGAAUCUGAUAUCCGCAGCUGUGGAGGGCCAGCUGAAGAAGACCCCUCAGGGUAACGGUCCUCUGGCCGAAAUUGAAUUCUGGCGGGAAAGAAAUGCAACCCUAAGUGCGCUCCAUGAGCAAACAAAGCUUCCAAUGGUCAGGAAGGUCUUGGAUGUGAUCAAGGAAUCAGAUUCUAUGCUUGUGGCCAACCUGCAGCCAGUCUUAACUGAAUUAUUCAAGCUCCACAUGGAGGCCUCAGACAACGUGCGGUUUCUGUCCACUGUGGAACGUCAUUUCAAGAACAUCACGCACGGAUCUAGCUUUCACGUCGUCCUGGAGACCAUCCCUUCCAUGAUGAGUGCCCUGAGGAUGGUGUGGAUCAUCUCCCGACACUACAAUAAAGAUGAAAGGAUGAUUCCGCUCAUGGAGCGGAUCGCCUGGGAAAUCGCCGAAAGAGUCUGCAGAGUGGUCAACCUGCGGACUUUGUUCAAAGAAAAUCGAGCCAGCGCCCAGCACAAAACCUCGGAGGCCAGGAACGCCCUGCACACGUGGAAAAAGGCCUAUUUCGACACCAGGGCCAAGAUCGAGGCUUCGGGGAGAGAAGCUCGGUGGGAGUUUGAUCGAAAGCGGCUGUUUGAGAGAACGGAUUACAUGGCUGCCAUCUGCCAGGAUCUCUGCGACAUCCUGCAGGUUAUGGAGGAAUUUUACAAUAUAUUUGGUCCAGAACUAAAGGCAGUGACGGGGGAUCCCAAGCGCAUUGACGAUGUCCUGUGCAGGGUGGACAGCCUGGUCACCCCCAUGGAAAACCUGACCUUUGACCCCUUCAGCAUCAAGUCUUCCCAGUACUGGAAAUAUGUGAUGGAUGAAUUCAAGAUUGAAGUUCUGGUUAUUGAAAAAGAAGCAAAAAAUUUUAUUGAUGAAUCUUUUAAGACACUUCGAUCAGCUGAAGCAGCGUUUGACAUGCUUCUAAAAUUUAAGCAUAUUCGUUCACGGGACGCUAUUAAUCGGCAAAUGAUGAUGAAAUUUAAUGACAUCCUGGCACAGUAUUGUAAAGAGAUCGACAUAGUUAAUAAACUCUUUGUUCAGAACCUGGACAACCCGCCACUGUGUAAGAACCACCCUCCGGUAGCAGGUGCAAUCUACUGGGAACGGUCCCUCUUCUUUCGGAUCAAGCACACCAUCCUCCGAUUUCAGGAAGUGGAGGAGAUAUUGGAGAGUGACCGAGGAAGAGAGGUGAGACAGAAGUACUUGGAGGUGGGUUGGACAAUGAAAGACUAUGAAGACAGAAAGUAUGAGCUGUGGAAAGAGGUAACAGAACAGGCCCUGCCGAAUCUUAUGAAGAAGAGUCUGCUUACUAAGCUAGCUCCAGCCAGCCUCCUGGUCUAUCAGGGCAUCAAGGGCCCUACGCUGAUCGUCUGCAAAUUUACGUUGAACUUGGGUCAUCUGGACCGCUUCUCGGACCGUCCUUGCCAUGCUUGUGAAAUGUCUCUUCCACAGACUUCUGCCGCUGCUGAUGAGGCUUCGAACUCCGAGAAGGGGGCCGUGUUUGUAGUAAAUUUUUCACCUGCUCUCAGGGAGAUUAUUAAUGAAGCAAAGUACUUGGAACAGUUAGGAUUCCCCGUCCCCGAGUUAGCAAGAAAUGUUGCUCUCCAGGAGGACAAAUUUCUUAGGUACACAGACGGAAUACAGCGUAUGCUGGAUCAUUAUCACAUGCUCGUAGGAAAGUUAAAUGAGGCAGAGGCUCUGCUUCUCGACGAUCAUUCCCAGGAGUUGAUAAGAGUGUUUAGGUCUGGAUAUACGAGGUUAAACUGGAACUCACUAGGUAUUGCUGACUACAUAACUCGGUGCAAACAGGCCAUUGGGAAAUUCGAGUCCCUUGUCCACCAGAUUCAUAAGAAUUCAGACGACAUUUCUUCCAGGCUGACGUUAAUAGAGUCUGUAAAUCUCUUUAAAUAUCCAGCAGCUAAAAGUGAGGAAGAACUCCCAGGCGUGAAGGAAUUCUUUGAGCACAUUGAGCGAGAAAGGGCCAAAGAUGCGGACCACAUGGUCAGGUGGUAUCUUGCCAUCGGGCCUCUGCUGACCAAAGUCGAGGGUCUGGUCAUCCACACCAACACAGGCAAGGCUCCCAAACUGGCCUUCUAUUACGAAUACUGGGAACAUAAAAUUUAUGACGUCUUGACAAAGCUCAUCCUGAAGAAUUUGCAGUCUUUUAAUUCUUUAAUCCUGGGAAACGUCCCUCUGUUCCAAACGGACACCAUCCUGACGGCGCCCGAGAUCAUCCUCCACCCCAACGCGAAUGAGAUCGACAAAAUGUGCGUCCGUUGUGUCCGAAAUUGCGUGGAGAUCACCAAGCAUUUUGUCCGAUGGAUGAAUGGCAGCUGUAUAGAAUGCCCUCCUCAGAAGGGGGAGGAAGAAGAACUCGUUGUGAUAAGCUUUUACGAUGAUAUCUCCCUGAACCCUCAGAUAAUUGAACAAGCCGUCAUGAUCCCCCAAAACGUCCACAGGAUUCUGAUCAGUCUUAUGAAGUACCUCCAGAAAUGGAAGAGGUAUCGACCUCUCUGGAAGCUGGACAAAGCCAUCGUGAUGGAGAAGUUCGCCUCCAAGAAACCUCCUUGUGUGUCCUAUGAUGAGAAGUUGCAGUUCUAUUCCAAGAUUGCCCAAGAAGUCAUGCGCCACCCCUUAGUUAAGGACGAGCAUUGCAUCAGGCUGCAGCUGGGGCCUCUGGCGAGCACGGUGCAGGAAAACGCCAGGUCCUGGGUGACCUCGCUGGGAAAGCUUCUCAAUGAGUCAGCCAGGGAGGAACUCUAUCACCUCCAUGAAGAGAUAGAGAGCCUGGCGAAAAACCUGAAGAAGAGCCCCAGUACCCUUGAAGACCUCAAGUUUGUCCUUGCAACGAUUGCAGAAAUUAGAAGUAAAUCUUUGGUCAUGGAACUGAGAUACAGGGAUGUCCAGGAGCGAUACCGCACCAUGGCAAUGUAUAAUCUCUUUCCUCCUGAUGCAGAGAAAGAACUGGUUGACAAUAUUAAAAGCGUGUGGUCGAAUCUGUUCAAUGAGUCCGUGAAUGUGGAUCAUUCUCUUGGGGGCAUAAAGAGAACGUUCACAGAGAUUACUCGAGGUGAAAUAUUAAACUACAAACAGCAGAUAGAGGAAUUUGCAAAGCGUUUUUAUCGUGAAGGCCCUGGUUCUAUUGGUGAUGAUCUUGAUAAAGGAGUAGAACUUUUAGCCAUUUUUGAAAAGGAGCUCACGAGACAUGAAAAGAACCGCCAGGAGUUGGCUAAUGCUGAGAAACUUUUCGAUCUUCCGAUUACAAUGUACCCAGAGCUGCUCAAAGUGCAGAAGGAGAUGAACAACCUGAGGACCAUUUAUGACCUCUACGAAGCGCUGAAGGUUGCAAAAGAAGAAUGGUCUCAGACGCUCUGGAUCAACCUGAAUGUUCAGUUCCUCCAGGAGGGAAUUGACAGUUUUCUCAGGUCCCUCAGAAGGCUCCCCCGGCAGGUCCGAAACCUAUCCGUGGCCUAUCAUUUGGAAGCGAAAAUGAAGGAUUUCAAAGACUCAGUUCCUUUACUACUUGACUUGAAGCACGAAGCGCUAAGAGACAGGCAUUGGAAAGAACUUAUGGAAAAAACAGGCGUAACGUUUGAAAUGACAGAGACGUUCACCUUGGAGAACAUGUUUGCCAUGGAACUUCACAAACACACAGAUGUUCUCAGUGAGAUCGUAACGGCUGCCAUCAAGGAGAUCGCCAUUGAGAAAGCUGUGAAGGAAAUCUCAGACACGUGGGAAAGCAUGAAGUUCACCGUGGUCAAGUAUUACAAAGGCACACAGGAGCGAGGCUACAUCUUGGGAUCGGUGGACGAAAUCAUCCAGUGCCUUGACGACAACACGGUCAACCUCCAAAGCAUCUCAGGAAGCAGAUUUGUGGGGCCUUUUCUGCAAACUGUUCACAAAUGGGAAAAAACACUUUCUCUAAUAGGGGAAGUCAUUGAGAUUUGGAUGCUGGUUCAGAGGAAAUGGAUGUAUCUUGAAAGCAUUUUUAUCGGUGGAGACAUCAGGUCGCAACUUCCAGAUGAGGCGAAGAAGUUUGACAACAUCGACAGAGUAUUUAAAAGGAUCAUGGGCGAGACCUUAAAGGACCCCGUGAUCAAGAGAUGCUGCGAGGCCCAGAACCGGCUGGGCGACCUGCACAACAUCGGCGAGGGCCUGGAGAAGUGCCAGAAGAGCCUAAACGACUACCUGGACUCCAAGAGAAACGCUUUCCCGAGGUUCUUCUUCAUUUCUGACGACGAGCUGCUCAGCAUCCUCGGGAGCAGCGACCCGCUGUGCGUCCAGGAGCACAUGAUCAAGAUGUAUGACAACAUAGCACUGCUGAGGUUUAAUGACGGGGACGGUGGAGAAAAGCUGGCGUCUGCCAUGAUCUCAGCAGAGGGCGAAGUCAUGGAGUUCCGGAAGAUCGUACGGGCCGAGGGGCGCGUGGAGGACUGGAUGACAGCAGUUUUGAACGAAAUGCGGAGGACCAACCGGCUGAUUACCAAAGAGGCUAUUUUUAGAUACUGUGAAGACAGAAGCAGAGUCGACUGGAUGCUGCUGUACCAGGGGAUGGUGGUGCUGGCCGCCAGCCAGGUGUGGUGGACAUGGGAAGUGGAGGAUGUCUUCCGCAAGGUGCAGAAAGGGGAGAAGCAGGCCAUGAAGGACUAUGGCAAGAAGAUGCACGAGCAGAUCGACGAGCUGGUCACUCGGAUCACCAUGUCCUUAAGCAGGAACGACAGGAAGAAAUACAACACGGUCCUCAUCAUCGACGUUCACGCCAGAGAUAUAGUCGACUCCUUCAUAAGAAGCAGCAUCCUCGACGCCCGGGAGUUUGAAUGGGAAAGUCAGCUGCGGUUUUACUGGGACCGGGGGCCGGAUGAGCUGAACAUCCGCCAGUGCACCGGCACCUUCGGCUACGGAUACGAGUACAUGGGUUUGAACGGGAGGCUGGUCAUUACGCCGCUCACAGACCGGAUUUACCUGACUCUUACUCAGGCACUGUCCAUGUAUCUGGGAGGGGCCCCUGCUGGCCCAGCAGGUACUGGCAAAACCGAGACCACCAAGGAUCUAGCCAAAGCCCUGGGCCUGCUCUGUGUUGUAACCAACUGCGGUGAAGGCAUGGAUUAUAAGGCCAUUGGGAAGAUUUUCUCUGGCCUCGCCCAGUGUGGGGCCUGGGGCUGCUUCGACGAGUUUAAUCGAAUCGACGCCUCUGUGCUGUCGGUCAUCUCGUCCCAGAUUCAGACGAUCCGAAACGCUCUGAUCCAUCAGGUGACCACGUUCCAGUUUGAAGGGCAGGAGAUCUCCCUGGACUCGAGAAUGGGCAUCUUCAUCACCAUGAAUCCCGGCUACGCUGGCCGCACGGAGCUGCCCGAGUCAGUGAAGGCCCUCUUCAGGCCCGUGGUGGUGAUCGUGCCCGACCUGCAGCAGAUCUGUGAGAUCAUGCUCUUCUCGGAGGGCUUCCUCUGGGCCAAGACGCUGGCCAAAAAGAUGACUGUCCUGUACAAGCUGGCCCGGGAACAGCUCUCCAAACAACACCACUAUGAUUUUGGACUGAGAGCCCUGAAAUCGGUGUUGGUAAUGGCUGGAGAGCUGAAGAGAGGCUCUUCGGAACUUAGAGAGGAUGUGGUGCUGAUGAGGGCCCUUCGAGACAUGAAUCUGCCCAAGUUUGUAUUUGAGGACGUCCCUCUUUUCCUCGGUUUGAUUUCCGAUCUGUUUCCUGGACUGGACUGCCCGCGUGUUCGCUACCCCGAUUUUAAUGACGCCGUAGAGCAGGUGCAGCAGGAGAACGGCUACAUCGUCUUACCUGUCCAGGUGGAUAAAGUGGUUCAGAUGUUCGAGACCAUGUUGACCCGCCACACGACCAUGGUGGUGGGGCCCACGGGAGGGGGCAAGUCCGUCGUCAUUAACACCCUGUGUCAGGCCCAGACCAAGCUUGGGCUGAUGACAAAGUUGUACAUCCUAAACCCCAAAGCCGUGAGUGUCACAGAGCUCUAUGGCAUCCUGGACCCCACCACCCGAGACUGGACAGACGGGGUGCUGUCGAACAUCUUCCGGGAGGUCAACAGGCCGACGGAUAAGAAGGAGCGAAAGUAUAUUUUAUUUGAUGGUGAUGUGGAUGCUCUGUGGGUGGAAAACAUGAAUUCUGUGAUGGACGACAACAGGCUGUUGACGUUGGCCAAUGGUGAGCGCAUUCGGCUUCAAGCGCACUGUGCUCUGCUCUUUGAGGUUGGAGAUUUACAGUAUGCCUCUCCUGCAACUGUGUCUCGAUGUGGAAUGGUUUAUGUGGAUCCUAAAAACUUGAAAUAUCAACCGUACUGGAAAAGAUGGGUUAAUCAAAUACAAAACAAGGCAGAGCAAAGCAAUUUAGAGAGUCUCUUUGAGAAGUAUGUGCCCUAUCUCAUCGAUGUCAUUGUGGAAGGGACGGUGGAUGGAAGACGAGGCGAGAAGCUGAAGACCGUCGUUCCGCAGACAGACCUAAAUAUGGUAACCCAGUUAACCAAGAUGUUGGAUGCACUACUCGAAGGAGAAAUAGAGGAACCAGACCUUCUGGAGUGCUAUUUCUUAGAGGCUCUGUACUGUUCUCUGGGAGCUGCUCUGCUCGAGGAUGGAAGGAUUAAAUUUGACGAGUGCAUUAAACGCCUUGCUUCUUUGCCUUCUGUUGAUGCGGAAGGGGAAUGGGCCAGCCCCGGGGAGCUGCCAGGUCACCUCCCAACCAUGUAUGACUUUCAUUUCGAUUCUGCACAGAAGAAAUGGAUACCGUGGAAUAAAUUAGUUCCUGAAUACGUUCACGUCCGUGAGAGGAAAUUUAUCGACAUCCUGGUUCAUACGGUGGAUACAACGCGCACCACCUGGAUGCUGGAACAGAUGGUCAAGAUCAAGCAGCCGGUUCUUUUGGUUGGGGAAUCUGGCACCUCUAAGACAGCCACUACCCAGAACUUCCUCAAAAAUCUGAACGUGGAGAUGAACAUUGUGUUAAUAGUCAACUUCUCCUCCCGCACCACAUCUCUGGAUAUCCAAAGAAACUUGGAAGCAAACGUUGAGAAGCGAACCAAAGACACAUACGGCCCGCCCAUGGGAAAGCGCCUCCUGGUGUUCAUGGACGACAUGAAUAUGCCAAAGGUGGAUGAAUAUGGCACACAGCAGCCGAUUGCCUUGCUGAAACUGCUGUUGGAAAAAGGCUACCUGUAUGACCGCAGGAAGGAGCUCAACUGCAAAAGCAUUCGGGACCUUGGCUUUAUUGCUGCGAUGGGAAAAGCUGGAGGAGGCCGCAAUGAAGUUGAUCCGAGAUUUAUUUCGCUGUUCAAUGUCUUCAAUGUACCAUUUCCUUCAGAGGAGUCUUUGCAUUUAAUUUAUUCCUCCAUUCUGAAAGGCCAUACCUCGGUGUUUCAUGAAAGCAUCAUGACUGUGAGUGACAAGCUGACCUUCUGCACGUUGGCGCUUUACAAAACCAUUGUGCAGGACCUGCCUCCCACACCAUCCAAGUUCCAUUACAUCUUUAAUCUUCGGGACCUCUCAAGAAUUUUUAAUGGUCUUCUCCUCACUGAUCCGGGGCGGUUCCAGACGGUGACCCAGAUGGUGAGAGUCUGGAGAAACGAAUGUCUGAGGAUCUUCCACGACCGAUUAAUCAAUGAAACAGACAAGCAGCUGGUACAAGACCACAUAGGCAACCUGGUUAUGGAACAUUUUAACGAUGAUAUGGAGGUGGUGAUGAGGGAUCCCAUCCUGUUUGGAGACUUCCGGACGGCCCUGCAGGAAGAGGAAACACGCAUUUAUGAAGAUAUCCAGGAUUACGAGGCAGCCAAGGCUUUGUUUCAGGAAAUUCUUGAGGAGUAUAACGAAAGCAACACCAAGAUGAACCUGGUUCUCUUUGACGAUGCCCUGGAACACCUAACCCGCGUGCACCGCAUCAUCCGAAUGGACCGUGGCCACGCCCUGCUCGUGGGGGUCGGAGGCUCAGGGAAGCAGUCUCUCUCCAGGCUGGCCGCCUUCACAGCCGGCUACGAGGUGUUUGAGAUCCUCCUGAGCCGAGGCUACUCGGAGAACAAUUUCCGGGAAGAUCUGAAGAACCUUUAUCUCAAACUUGGGACCGAGAACAAAAGGAUGAUCUUCCUGUUCACGGACGCCCACGUGGCCGAGGAGGGCUUCCUGGAGCUCAUCAACAACAUGCUGACAUCAGGGAUCGUACCCGCGCUUUUCCCAGAAGAGGAAAAGGAGUCUGUCCUCAGUCAGAUUGGACAAGAAUUUCUGAAGCAAGGGACGAGCCCGGCCAAGGAAUCCGUGUGGCAGUACUUUGUGAACAAGAGCGCAAAUAACCUGCACAUUGUCCUGGGCAUGUCGCCGGUGGGGGACACCCUGAGGACGCGGUGCAGAAAUUUCCCAGGUCUUGUAAAUAACACCGGUAUCGACUGGUUCAUGCCCUGGCCCCCUCAAGCCCUGCAUGCAGUCGCAAAGUCAUUUCUAGGGACUAAUCCGAUGAUCCCAGUGGAAAACAUAGAUGGUGUGGUAGAGCAUGUUGUGUUGGUCCACGAGUCCGUGGGUGAAUUCAGCAAACGAUUUCUACAGAAACUGAGGCGUAGCAACUAUGUAACUCCCAAAAAUUACCUUGAUUUUAUUAACACGUAUUCAAAGUUACUGGACGAGAAAACUCAGUGUAACAUAGCCCAGUGCAAGCGUCUGGAGGGGGGGCUGGACAAGCUGAAGGAGGCCACCAUCCAGCUGGAUGAGCUGAACCAGAAGCUGGCCGAGCAGAAGGUCGUACUGGCGGAGAAGUCGGCCGCCUGUGAGGCCCUGUUGGACGAGAUUGCCACCAACACGGCCACAGCUGAGGAGAAGAAGAAGCUUGCAGAGGAAAAAGCCAUGGAGAUAGAAGAACAAAACAAGAUCAUUGCGGUGGAGAAGGCUGAGGCCGAGACAGCCCUCGCCGAGGUCAUGCCCGUGCUGGAGGCUGCCAAGCUGGAACUGCAGAAGCUGGACAAAUCCGAUGUGACUGAGAUUAGGUCCUUUGCUAAGCCCCCCAAACAGGUGCAGACGGUGUGUGAGUGCAUCCUCAUCAUGAAAGGGUAUAAGGAGCUCAACUGGAAAACUGCCAAAGGCAUGAUGUCUGACCCCAAUUUCCUGAGGUCUCUGAUGGAGAUUGAUUUUGAUUCAAUUACCCAGAGCCAAGUUAAAAAUAUUAGAGGCCUCUUGAAGACUCUCAACACCACAACUGAAGAAAUGGAAGCUGUGAGCAAAGCAGGCUUGGGGAUGCUGAAGUUCGUGGAAGCUGUAACGGGCUACUGCGACGUUUUCCGAGAAAUCAAGCCCAGAAGAGAGAAGGUGGCCAGGCUGGAGCGGAACUUUUACCUCACUAAACGCGAACUAGAAAAGAUCCAGAAUGAGUUGGCAGCGAUCCAGAGAGAACUGGAGGCUCUCGGGGCCAAAUACGAGGCAGCCAUUCUGGAAAAGCAAAAGCUGCAGGAAGAAGCCGAGAUCAUGGAGAGACGGCUGAUCGCUGCUGACAAGCUCAUCUCGGGGCUGGGGUCUGAGAACAUCAGGUGGCUGAAUGACCUGGACGAGCUGAUGCACCGGCGGGUGAAGCUGCUGGGGGACUGCCUGCUUUGCUCGGCUUUCCUGAGCUACGAGGGCGCGUUCACGUGGGAGUUCCGUGACCAGAUGGUCAACCAAGUUUGGCAGAGUGACAUCCUGGAGCGGGAGAUUCCCCUGAGCCAGCCCUUCCGGUUAGAAAGCCUGCUCACGGACGAUGUUGAGAUCAGCAGGUGGGGCUCCCAGGGACUGCCCCCCGAUGAGCUCUCGGUUCAGAAUGGCAUCCUUACCACCCGGGCCAGCCGGUUCCCCCUCUGCAUCGACCCCCAGCAGCAGGCCCUCAACUGGAUAAAGAGAAAAGAGGAGAAAAAUAACCUGCGGGUUGCUUCCUUCAAUGACCCCGACUUCCUCAAGCAGCUGGAGAUGGCCAUAAAGUAUGGGACCCCUUUCCUGUUCCACGACGUGGACGAGUACAUCGAUCCGGUGAUCGAUAACGUCUUAGAAAAGAAUAUCAAAGUCUCCCAAGGACGGCAGUUUAUCAUCCUGGGGGAUAAGGAGGUGGAUUACGACUCAAAUUUCAGACUGUACCUAAACACCAAGCUGGCCAAUCCCAGAUACAGCCCGUCUGUGUUUGGGAAAGCCAUGGUCAUCAACUACACCGUCACACUGAAGGGGCUCGAGGACCAGCUGCUGAGCGUGCUGGUGGCUUACGAGAGGCGCGAGCUGGAGGAGCAGCGGGAGCACCUCAUCCAGGAGACGAGUGAGAACAAGAACCUGCUGAAGGAUCUGGAAGACUCCCUCCUUCGGGAACUGGCGACCUCCACGGGGAACAUGCUGGACAACGUGGAGCUGGUGCAGACCCUGGAGGAGACGAAAUCCAAAGCCAUGGAGGUGUCGGAGAAGCUCAAGCUGGCAGAGAAGACAGCCUUGGACAUCGACAGGCUGCGGGACGGCUACCGGCCGGCCGCCAGGAGGGGGGCCAUCCUGUUCUUCGUGCUGUCCGAGAUGGCCCUCGUGAACUCCAUGUACCAGUACUCCCUCAUCGCCUUCCUGGACGUUUUUGGCUUGUCACUUAAGAAGUCGCUGCCCGAUUCCAUUCUCAUGAAGCGACUAAAGAACAUUAUGGACACACUGACCUUCAACAUCUAUAACUACGGGUGCACAGGGCUGUUUGAGAGGCACAAGUUACUGUUUUCUUUCAAUAUGACGAUCAAGAUAGAGCAAGCGGAAGGCAGAGUCCCGCAGGAAGAAUUAGACUUCUUCUUCAAAGGAAACAUUUCCCUGGAGAAAAGCCACCGGAAAAAGCCCUGUGCUUGGUUGUCUGACCAGGGAUGGGAAGAUAUCAUGCUUUUAUCAGAAGUGUUCUCGGACUCCUUCGGGAAUCUUCCCGAUGAUGUUGAGAAACAUCCCUCUGUCUGGCAGGAGUGGUACGACCUGGACUCCCUCGAGCAGUUUCCAUUCCCCUUGGGUUACGAUAGCAGCAUCACCCCUUUCCAGAAGUUGCUUAUUUUGCGCUGCUUCCGCGUGGAUCGGGUGUACCGGGCGGUGACCGACUAUGUGACUCUAACCAUGGGAGAGAAGUACGUGCAGCCCCCGAUGAUCAGCUUCGAGGCCAUCUUUGAGCAGAGCACUCCGACCUCGCCCAUCGUGUUCAUCCUCAGUCCCGGCUCUGACCCUGCCGGUGACCUUAUGAAAUUAGCCGAGCGCAGCGGUUUUGGAGGAAACCGCCUCAAAUUCCUCGCCAUGGGUCAAGGUCAAGAAAAGCUGGCCCUACAGCUGCUGGAGACGGCGGUGGCCCGCGGGCAGUGGCUGAUGCUGCAGAACUGUCAUCUCCUGGUCCGCUGGCUGAAAGAUCUGGAGAAGUCCCUGGAGAGGAUCAGCAAACCCCACCCAGACUUCCGCCUGUGGCUCACCACAGACCCCACCAGGGGCUUCCCCAUUGGGAUUCUGCAGAAGUCUUUGAAGGUUGUUACGGAGCCACCCAACGGGCUGAAACUCAACAUGAGAGCGACUUACUUCAAGAUCUCUCCUGAAGUGCUGGAGCAGUGUCCGCACCCUGCUUUCAAGUCCCUGGUCUACGUGCUGGCGUUCUUCCACGCGGUGGUGCUGGAGAGGAGAAAGUUCGGGAAGAUCGGGUGGAACGUGUACUAUGACUUCAAUGAGUCUGACUUCCAGGUCUGCAUGGAGAUUCUGAACACAUACUUAACAAAAGCCUUCCAGCAACGUGACCCUAGGAUCCCGUGGGGCAGCCUCAAGUACCUGAUUGGAGAGGUCAUGUAUGGAGGACGGGCCAUCGACAGCUUUGAUCGGCGCAUCCUGACCAUCUACAUGGAUGAGUACCUGGGAGACUUCAUUUUUGACACUUUCCAGCCAUUCCACUUCUUCCGGAAUAAGGAGGUGGACUAUAAAAUCCCCGCCGGUGAUGAGAAGGAAAAAUUUGUUGAAGCCAUUGAGGCCCUCCCGCUGACCAACACACCUGAAGUGUUUGGUCUUCAUUCCAAUGCCGAGAUUGGAUAUUAUACUCAGGCGGCUCGAGACAUGUGGACUCACCUGCUGGAGCUGCAGCCUCAGACAGGGGAAUCCAGCAGCGGCAUCAGCCGAGAUGAUUACAUUGGCCACGUUGCCAAGGACAUAGAGAACAAGAUGCCCCAGAUCUUUGACUUGGACCAGGUCAGGAAGCACCUCGGGGUGGGACUCUCCCCCACCUCGGUGGUGCUUCUGCAGGAGCUGGAGCGCUUCAACAAGCUCGUCACACGGAUGUCCAGGUCUCUGGCUGAACUUCAGAGGGCCUUGGCCGGAGAAGUUGGAAUGAGCAACGAGUUAGAUGACGUAGCCAGAUCUCUCUUCCUCGGGCAAAUCCCUAGUAUCUGGAGAAAGCUGGCCCCUGACACAUUAAAGUCCCUUGGAAACUGGAUGCCCUACUUCCUGCGGCGGUUCAGCCAGUACACAUCGUGGGUCACUGAAAGUGAGCCCAGCGUGAUGUGGCUCUCGGGGCUGCACAUCCCGGAAUCCUACCUCACGGCCCUGGUGCAGGCCACCUGCCGGAGGAACGGCUGGCCGCUGGACCGCUCCACCCUGUUCACGCAAGUGACCAAGUUCCAAGAUGCAGAUGAAGUGAACGAGCGGGCAGGACAAGGAUGCUUCGUCUCAGGACUGUAUCUCGAAGGCGCUGAUUGGGAUGUAGAAAGAGGAUGUCUUAUCAAGAGCAAACCCAAGGUGCUGGUGGUCGACCUGCCGAUUCUGAAGAUCAUCCCCAUCGAAGCCCAUCGCCUCAAACUACAGAACACCUUCCGGACGCCGGUCUACACCACCUCCAUGAGAAGGAAUGCCAUGGGAGUUGGCCUGGUGUUUGAAGCCGAUCUCUUCACCACAAAGCACGUAUCUCACUGGGUGCUGCAGGGGGUGUGCCUCACCCUGAACUCCGAUUGACCUUUUGGGCGAAGGAACCCGCACUUGUGAGCGCCGUCCCCUGUUGGCUCCGUGGGGCCUCGAGAGGCUGGAGCUGGGCUGAUGCUGAGACUCCUUUCAUUCGAAACCAGCCGUUUUAAUCUCUUUCCGUAUAAACUGAGCUGACGGUUUUGUUUCUUGAAGCGAUUUUUAAGGAUUCUGCGUAUUUGAAAAGUAAAUACUGGAGAGCA